UCACGUGUAUUGGUUAGAUAUAUAUUUGUGCAUGCAAAUUACUGUAUGAUCAAUUAUUAAUGUUUGUUUCUUGUGGGGACUUCUUUUUUUCUCUAAGAGAGAGAGAGGAGAGAGAGACGAGGGGCUCAAUUUUCGAGCUAUUUGAUUGGGCCUGGAAAGGUUUUAAGAGGGAGAGAGUGUGGCCUCUGUGCAUAGUUUGUGGAAGGAGGUGAAGGCUGAAAGUCUGUUUAAGACUGAACCUUUUUCUCUCUCUUUUUUUUCUCCUGCACACAACCUCCCAUCUCCUCUCUCUCUCUCUCUCUCUCUGGCUUGCUCUGCUGAUGACUAAACAAAGUAGCCCAGAUUCGUUCUAAUUGUUGCUCUUCUUAUCGACUAUUGUAAUUAAAGAGGCCAGAUUCUCUGUGAGAAGAAGGCACGAUGCUGUUGAAGGCCUGUUAAACUGGGGACUACAUGGUCUUGUCUACAUCCUUUCUUCGUGCGAUCAAUGGUGCGUUUUUGCUUGCAGCUGGUGAUUUGAAAGGGAUCAAGGAAAUUCCCCACAAAAACAUCCAUGUUUGGUGCUCCAUCAGCAGGCUCGGCGCCCUCCCUAGGCAACCCCUCCUAUCAGUCUGUAUCAGUCUUUCCUUGUGUAGAUAAUGGAAGCAACAAGCGGAAAAGAAGGCCUGCUGGUACCCCAGAUCCUGAUGCCGAGGUCGUCUCUCUCUCGCCGAAAACCUUGCUGGAGUCCGACCGCUACGUCUGUGAGAUUUGCAACCAAGGGUUCCAGAGGGACCAGAACCUGCAGAUGCACCGCCGGAGGCACAAGGUGCCAUGGAAGCUGCUGAAGAGGGAGACGCCGGAGGUGAAGAAGAGGGUCUUCGUCUGCCCGGAGCCGACGUGCCUCCACCACGACCCUUGCCAUGCUCUGGGAGAUCUCGUCGGCAUCAAGAAGCAUUUCCGGCGGAAGCACAGCAACCACAAGCAGUGGACGUGCGAGAAGUGCUCAAAAGGAUACGCCGUCCAGUCGGACUACAAGGCGCAUCUGAAGACCUGUGGCACGAGAGGCCACUCCUGUGACUGUGGCCGAGUCUUUUCCAGGGUGGAGAGCUUCAUAGAGCAUCAGGAUGCCUGCAAUGCAGGAAGAGAGCGGCAAGAAUUGCAGGUUCCGCAGUCGGCCUGCUUAUCCCGGACGGCUUCGAGCCCCAGCCCUUCAUGUGAUACCAACUUUAGUGCAGCUGCUGCUUGGCCUGUCAUGAAAUUUCCGGGCCAAUCUAACGGGGUAGCCUCAACUAUGGAUCCUCCUCAACACAAUCUAGAGCUGCAACUCCUGCCGGCGACUCAUUCUCAGUCGCCCAACCGGACCGCAUCCAACCAGAAGACAGACGAAAACCACUCGACCCGACUGCAACUCUCAAUAGGCCCUGCCAAUCAAGACGACGCACCACCGAACCAACCCAACAAGAAGACCGAGAUUUCAUGGCUGAACAACGCCAGUAAGGCAUUGGACAACCUCAACGGAAAACAGAACUCGGAUGUCGCCGACCCGGCGCCGGUCGAUCCAUUUCGAAUCGAUACGGUCUCGGCUUCAAAGCUCAAGGAGCAUGCGAGGGAGCAGCUCAAGUUAGCCACAGCAGAGAAGGCAUACGCAGAAGAGGCCAGGCAGCAGGCCAAACUUCAGAUUGAGUUGGCAGAGAAGGAAUUUGCCAAUGCCAAGAGAAUCAGGCAGCAGGCUCAAGCUGAGCUUGACAAGGCCCAGAUGAUGAGAGAACAAGCAAUAAAGCAGGUGAACAACACCAUCCUGCAGAUCACAUGCCAAUCCUGCAAAAAGCAUUUUCAGGCAGCAGCUCAGCCCUCCGAUGAGAACUCAUUGGCGGUGAGCUACAUGUCAUCGGUUGUUACAGAAGGCCAAGGAGAAAAUGAUAACAAGAAUUCCACAAAAAUCAUAAGCCUCUAAAGCAUGUUGUAAGCACUUUGUUCAGUCUCAUUAUUUAGUUUUUUUUUUCUCUUUAUUUUUUCUUUUCUCUUACUUCUGUUUGAAUUCAUAUGGUGGUGGUUAUGGUGUAGAUUUGAGUUAAAGCUAGCUGAAAUUCAGCACUGCAUUCAUGUAAUACUCUCUUUUUGCCAAGGAAAAGAAUUUCAUCAUUUAUA